AUGCGGCUCAUACAAGUCUCAACUACUGUAAUCGGUUUGCUCAGUCACGUUUCGGCGUUCAAGAAUCCAAUCAUCAGCGGAGUCAACGCCGACCCGUCCAUCAUCCGUGUCGAGGACGAUUAUUUUAUCGCAACUUCGUCUUUCGAAUAUUUUCCAGGCCUGCCUAUCUAUCAUUCAAAGAACCUCGUCGACUGGAACCUUAUAGGCCAUGGUUUGACUACCCGGAACGGUAUUUUUGAUAGAGCACUGCUCACAUCCGGUGGUAUUUUUGCCCCUACAAUCCGUUACCACAAUGGGACAUUCUUUCUCACCACGAAUUAUGCUGAUGGCUUUAAUCCUUCUGAUCAACGACCGUUCUUCAUCACCACUAAUGACAUAUUCUCAGGCGAUUGGAGCAAACCAAUCUACUUUGAGCAGACGGGUAUCGACCCAGACCUAUUCUUCGAUGACGAUGGUUGCGUAUAUCUAUCUACUGGCCUGCCCGAGUUCGCACCUCAGCUCGGCAACAGCACUAUUUAUCAAUCCAAGGUAGACAUGACCACGGGCAGAUCAUUAACCGAGCAAAGGAUGAUAUAUCGAUCAACUUUGCCAGAGGACAUCCCAUGGGCAGAAGGAGCCCAUGUAUACAAGAUCAAUGGUACAUACUACCUUUCAGUUGCAGAAGGUGGCACUGAAAAACUCCAUCGCCAGACAUUCCAUCGAGGCCCAUCUCCUUCAGGCCCCUGGGAGAAGAGUCCUUUAGGUCCCAUGGUCUUCAACGGACGUGAUACUGCUGCUCCAGUUCAACAAACCGGCCAUGCAGACCUUGUCCAGCGCCCCGACGGUAAAUGGUAUUCUGUAUUCCUGGCUGUGCGCCCACAGGCUCCUCAGAAUAUUAAUGGCACCUGGAUUCUAGGCCGUGAGACGUUCUUAAGCCCUGUCUCGUGGUUUGACGGCUGGCCUCUUGCCAACAAUGGAUCAGAGAUCACUCUCGAUAUGCCGGACCCGGACUUGCCUUCUCAGUUAGUUAAGAACGCCACGUCCAGCGAUGACUUCACUUCCUCGGUUCUCGAUUCCAAAUGGGAAUUCCGAGGCGCACCAUAUGGCGAUUGGCAUCGCGUUUCCAAUUCAUCUUUGAUUCUGCACGGGACGCAACGGAAUCUCAAAGCUCUUGACGGGAAUGCGCUCUUGACGCGAAGGCAAGAUAGCCUGAAAUCACACUUUAGCGUCUCUAUUGAGUUCAAACCUACAAAAGAAACACAUGAAGCUGGAAUUACUGCAUACGUCAAUGAUGCGUAUCACAAUACCAUUUCUGUGGUGCUUUGCCAAAAUCAAACAAGGACUCUUUGCUUGAAGACAGCAACCAUUGCACAGGGGGCGACCGUAGACGGGAACAUGACUACAGAGUACUUUCCCCUGCCUGAUGAGUAUGUUCACGAUGGAUCUGCAUAA